UUACAGAGAAAUUUGUCACUGGCGGUUCACAUUCACGUCUCACGCCUGCCGACUCCGUUUUCGUGGUGCCGUCGUCGUGGAAGUUCCUGUCGUGCGUGUGCGUGCGUGCGUUCGUGUGUGUCAAGUUUGGUCGGAAAAUCGGUUGUGCGUGCCCGUCCGAUAUCGCCCAUCCCCAUCCCCGCCACAGUCCGGUUAGUGUUGCCCGCUUUGUACAGCCGAAAUUGCCCCAUCGCUCGACUGUGCCAGCUGUUUGGAGUGAACGCGCCGUGGAAGUAGCAGCAAUCACAGCGUGACCCACACACACACACACUUCCCCUUCACCGCCUCUCAUUUCCCGUGCCCUGGAUCGUCUGCGUGUGCAGCAAAUCAUGCAAAAAUGGAUCUGACUACAUUGUCGUUCAUCGUAAUUGUGCUCUUCUUUUCCCUGAUGUCGAUGCUGUUUAUCAGCCGCUUCCUGCCCAAGGGCAAAUCGUUCGAGGAGAUGCUGAAGGAGAAGCGCGAAAUGCGUGAAAAAAUCCUUGGGCUAACGUCGCCAUCCACCACCACCGGAUCGUCGACCAAGUCGAGCAAGGAGUCGGCCAACAAGCGUACGAAAAAAACGCAUGGCGGCGGCGGCAGCCAGAAUCAGAACCAGAAGAAUCGCAAUGCCAAACAGCAGCAGCAGCAGCACCAGCGCGUUGAGGUGGUGGAAAAGGAAAGCGAUGGCAAUUCGUCCGAGAGUCCGCUCGAGGAGGAAAUCAAUCCGCUAACGUACGGUGCUAAGAAGCGCACCGGGCAGGCCACGAACCUGACGGUGGAGUACGCGGAAACGGAAGCAUUUCCGCUGAGCGAGAAUGCCGGUGGAAAUAAGAAAAAAGAUAACAAACAGCAGCAAGGUGGCAAGAAAAACAAGCAGAAAUCGGCUGGUGGCAUUCUGGUGAACAAAUCCGAGCCGGUUCUGGUGAAGCCGGUCGAAACCGUACCGGAGAUGAACCAUUUCGCCGAGAUUCACCCGAAAGAUGCGUUGGAAAUUGCACGUCAGCAGAAACACGAAGAAGAUACCAAGGGUGGAAAGCAUCCGGCACCGAAAGAGCAGCGCAAUCGCAACAAGAAAGAUCAUCAGUCGAAACAAUCCCCCAAAACCGCGGCCGGUGGUGGCACCAACAAUGCUGCCGAGUCGCAACAGCAGCAGCAACAGCAUCACCACCAUCAUCAGAAUGCCCCGGCAGCGAAUGUGGCCCACGCAGGGGAAUCGAAAAAGAAGCAGCACGAGGCAACCGCCGAUAACAACAAAUCCUCCACCGUCGUGGCAGCGCAGAAGGACAAAUCGAACAAGAAGAAGAAAAACGAACUGAUCACGCAGGAGCUGGCAGUGGAGAUGGCGGACGCCGUGAACGUUCACUCGCUGGUCAACAUCCUCAACAAGACCGAUCUGCCCCGGAACGAUAUUCAGAUUUUGAUCGACUUUCUGCUAAACAAGCAGCAGGACACGCUGGCUAAGGAUCCGUCCGAGUGGAACGAUCCGUCCGACCCGCUGCAGAAGCUGAAGAAGCAGCUGCAGGAAAAGGAGUCGGCCCUGCUCGAGGAGCAGCAGGCCGCGGCCGGCCUGCAGGCCAAGCUGAAGGAGCUGCGCCAGGAGCUGAACGGCGAGAAGAUGCACACCGGGGCCGUGCUCAAGGGGUACGUCGAGGAGCUGAACAACAAGAAGCAGGAGGUGCAGAAUCUGUCGCAGGAGCUGAACAUGCUCCGGGACAAGCUGGCGAACGAGAAGCAAACCAUGUCGAUGCAGUUCCAGCAGCUGCAGGCCAAGUACCUGCAGCUGUCGAAGGAACACGCCUCGACGCAGGACCAUGGGGCAACGAUCGCGCAGCUGAACAACGAUCUGCAGCUGCUGCAGCAAGAGCUCAUGGCCAAGAACCAGCUGCUGAGCGAAAAGCUACAGUCCGAGGAGGAAAUGAUGAAGAAAAAGACUGAGUACGAACAUAUUUUACGCAACAAUGAUGAGCUGAUGAGACAGCGCGUACAGGAGCUAACUGCGUACGAGAACGAUUUGCGCCAGCUGCGGCUCGAGCUGAGCCAGAAGGAUGAGCUGAGCCAGACCUGCCAACAGCAGAGCUACGAAAUCGAGCAGCUGAAGGCGGAACUGCAGGCAAAGCAGAAGCAGGCGCACGCGGCAGCGUCGGCGGCAGCGGCCGCUGCCCACACCCACAGCCAGGCGGACGAAAGCAAUCGCGUCGAAAUCCGCAACCUCCAGAAUGCCUUAGACUCUACCAAAUCGAAGCUCGAGGUGUACCGGAGCGAGCUGGUCGAGUGCAAGAGCCUGAUGACGGACUACAAGCAGCAGGCGAACGAACUGAAGGCGAAGGAGGAACAGCUACAGAAGCAGCUCGUGGAGCAACGACAGAAGAAUGACAGUUUGCGAACGAAAAACUGGAAGUUGGUUGAGGCAUUGCAAGAUGCCGAACGGCGAAGAGGAUCGACGACACCGGCAGCCGCCAAUGAUGUUGAACAGCAGCAAAAGCUGGCCAACAGCAGCGCAGAGAAGGUGGACGUCGGUAAGGUCAUCCUGGAGGAACAGAACCGAACGAAGGAUUUGCUGGUGCAGCUGCUGCAGCCGACCGGUGUGGUGUCGGCCCUGCCCGUCGAUGCGACCGAUUUCCAGAGCUGGCUCGAGGCGACGGUCGGCUGCAUUAAGGAGCAGUACGAGCACCUGCAGCAAUCUCACACAACCACCACCACCAGUAGCAGUAGUAGCAGUAGCGGCAGCAGCAGCGGCGUUAACAACGCGUCGGUGGUCACGAACAGCCACCCGGAGCAAAGCUCUGGCACAGCAGCCAACAGCAACAACAGUGACAGCAGCAGUAGGCUUAACAGUAGCAGCAAUAUAAUCGCUAAUAAUAACCUUAAUACCAAUAGCAGCGUUAAUAGUAGUUUACACGAACAUGCGAACGACGGUGCGGUGGUGAACAAGAACGGUGCCACCGGCGGCAGCGACAGUGGCGCCGAGGACGACCAGCAAACAAUGGCGCUGCGGUACGAGCAGAUGCAGAAAACCGUCGAUCAGUAUAAGACUAUCAUAGCCGACACGGAAAACAUGCUGAAAAACCUCGAAGCGAAGGUGAUCGAGCAGGACAUCCACUGGCGCACGGUGGUGCAGGCGAAGGAUAAGGAGCUAACCCUGCUCAAAUCAGCCGGUGCCGUCGGGCAGUAGUAGGAUGGGUGGUGGCGGACGGUAACCAACCAUCAGCAAGGUCCGUGAAAAAAAGUGCGUGUCUCUAAACCACCACCACCAUUCAUCACCCUCAACACCAACACACGAGUGUUGUUCCGAACGCCGUUCUACAACCUCUCUCCUCUCGGUGCGCAAGGACACACACGCACACACACACACACCUCCUUGCAGGUUGGGGACGAAAAAACGAAGCGGAACAGCAAGCAAGUGUGAUGCAAAAGGAUAUGGGAAAAGGGGUAAGAAAUAAGGAUGCAAUGUUUAUUCCGCAGAAAAAGUGUCCAACAUGUCGCUUUCUCUAAAUUGAAGAGGACCUGGAAGGAGAAGAAUAACAACAGAAAAGGGCAGGGGAACGUGUUUUGGAUAGGCAGCGCAACAUAAACAAGGCAGAGGGGAAUAGGACUGGACAGGACAGUAGUUGAAGGGGUAGAAAUAGUAAAACGGCGACAAAUCUCUCGAUCCACACACGGUAGAUUGAGAUCGUAUGCUGCGGCAAUUAAUCUGCCGCCACACAUACACACUACCACCUCCUCCGUCAAACCGCAACUCUCGCAACAGUUAACGUAACGUAAGCAGCACCGUUGUGUUGCCACCCGAAAACGUGACAUUAAACCGAUCGAGCGAUUGGUAAAAAAGGGGGCGCCCGAAAAUUGUGUAACCGACAGGAAGCCGAACCGAAUCCUCUAUUGCAUAUAUUUAUAUAUACAUAUACUUUUACUUUAACGUACAUACACACACAUACAUACUCGCUCGAUCUGUCGGUCGCUCGCAUAUUCGCUUAUCUUUUUACGAUGUCCAAUUCGAUCCAUUUGGUCCAUUUUUUCCCUCACCACCUACUUAACAUAGCAACGCACAGUGCGCGCGCACUCGCACACACACACACACACACACAUAGGCAGCGAAAGCGUUGCACACUUUGAUAUUUGGUACUGUAUAUAAAAGUGCCGCAGUUUAAUGGUGUUACAAUUGACUUCUUUGAAAAGAGUUUGUGUUCUUCUUUGUUCCUAAAUUGUGUCAACUGAUCAUGGUUUUUGUUUACAUCUCUUGUAAUAUCUUUGUUUUGUUCGUUUACGCAUUUCGCGUGCGCUUGAGUGUCUGUCGUGAGUGCGUCUGUUGUGUUGUUUGUGUGUGUGUGCGUAUAUUAUUUAGCCUUAGAGACGUCCUACAUUGAUAUCUGUGGCCAAUAGAUGUUUUGCAAUUGUUUUGGGACAGUUGUAUUCAAAUGCACAUGCUGUACAGCUGUAACGGAAUGUGAACGGAAGUUGUUAAGCAUUAUUGUGGUUAACGUCGUGUUGAAGGAUUCCGAAGGAGGUUUUCGAUUCUCAGUUCCCUCUCCCCCUCCCCUUUAGAAAGGUGCUCCGUAUGCGCGGUAAAUGUAUCAACACGCACAAAUUCCUAUGCAUUUAUACCUUCACAUCAGGCUAGAUGUUUAACGGUCCCACUUUUAUUGAUGUACGCAUUCCCCCUUCUACUGACCCCAUUCUUCGCCUGUACCCAUACCAGUUCUGCAAUUCGUUUGCUCUCAAUUACUCCAAAAAAUCGAAUGAAAGGAUUUUACAAUGCAUGAAUCUAAUACAUCCCUGGUGGUGUGUGUACGUUAAUGAGGGUGAUCGCGCGAUAAUGAUCUGCGGGAUUAGAUUGAAAAUAGGUCAAAGAAAACGCCCCGAAUCCUGCUCUGUAUGGUUUAAGAUGCGAAUUAAAAGGAAAAAAACUGAUUAAAGAACAUCGGUACUCAAUCAGUUUAUACAUUGUGUGUGUGUGUGUGCAUGGGGGGAAGUGAGAAAGGAUGAGGCCGAAAGAGAGAAAACAGAGAGAAAAUAUGCAUAAUUUGUUUCUUUUUUUGUUCUAUUAUAUUUAAAAAAAGAGCCGAGCAGGAAGCAAAAUAAUAAUACGACGAGCCAAGGGAGCGAGUAUGUAAUAGGUUCAAUAGUGAAAAAUGGAAUUAUAGAAAUGAAGGAAGAAAAAGUGAGGGAAGUAAGGGGGCUUAUAAAAAGUGAAAGAUAAUCUAUAGAAGAGAAAGAGUAAUAGGAAGAUCAAUAAUAACAGGAUAGGGAAAAUAAAUCCGAUAAAAAAGGCAAGAGAAUGCAAGCAGCAGGGCGUAACAACUGUACGACAAAAAACAAAACAAAAAACAGCAAUAUUUAUGUAUAACUUUAUUGUAUACUUUAUUUUACGUUUUCCAUAAUUCAACCCUUUAUGUGUUACACUGCGGACGUCUGCUCCCGGUGGCUCCGCUGGUCUUGGCAUCGUGGACAAGGUACGGCAAAACGGCGCGAAGUGUAAUGGAUUGUUAUUACGUUAACAUACGAAAGGUAACAUUGGACGUACCCCGUACCCUUUACUCUCAUAAUCUUUUUCCGAUUUAUCCAAAUCCUGCUCCUUCCAUUAUGAGGUUACAUUAAGUAUAACUACCACCAAUAUGCGGGUGCGCGAUUGAGAGAGAGAGAGAGAGAGAGAGAUAAAUAAAGAAAACAUGCAUUUGAUACAAAGACAAGGGGAACGAUAACAAAUCGUGUGAGAAUCACGGACCUCGUGC